ACGCGCUCACACAAAGUAGGAAAAGAAAACAGAACAAACCAGGUUGCUUGCAGCACGACUCCAAGCCUCCAACAACCCGAGAGCACUGAGCAAGCCAGGCGGUCGCGGCGCGAUGGAACCCCUGGGCGCAGCUGCAGCGCGGAGGAGGCCUCCCAGUCCCGCCAUGGCCGCGCCCGCGCUCCUCCCACUCCUGCUCCUCCUCGCGCUCGCCCUGUCCUCCUGCGUUGGCGCGGCCGCCGCCUCCGGGGCUCCGGUCGGGGAGGACUACGUCCGGCCGCCGGCCCGGCCCCGCCUGGGCCAGCGGAGGGCCCUCCUCGGCCUCUUCCCCUGGAGCAAGAAGAAGGCCUCCGCCUCCGCCUCCGAUCCCCAGCAGGUGCACAUUUCGCUAUCUGGAGAGAAGCACAUGAGAAUUACAUGGGUCACAGAUGAUAACUCUGUUCCCUCUGUUGUGGACUAUGGAACUAAGUCCAACACAUACACAUCCUCAUCUGAUGGAGAAAGCACGUCCUACAGCUACUUAAUGUACAGCUCGGGAAAGAUCCACCAUGUUGUUAUUGGACCUCUUGAAGACAACACUGUAUACUACUACCGAUGCGGUGGACGAGGCUCAGAAUUCCAACUUAAGACACCCCCCUCCCAGUUCCCGUUGUCAUUGGCUGUUGUAGGCGAUCUUGGGCAGACCAGUUGGACAACAUCAACAUUAAACCACAUUAAGCAAUGUGAAUAUGACAUGCUUUUACUUCCUGGUGAUCUCUCUUAUGCUGAUUAUAUGCAACAUUUGUGGGAUUCCUUUGGUGAGUUGGUCGAGCCACUUGCUAGCACCCGGCCUUGGAUGGUGACACAAGGCAACCAUGAAAAGGAGAUGAUACCAUUUUUCAAGUCUGGAUUUCAAUCAUAUAAUGCACGAUGGAAGAUGCCUUAUGAAGAGAGUGGUUCCACAUCAAAUUUGUACUACUCAUUUGAGGUUGCAGGGGUGCAUGCUAUAAUGCUAGGCUCUUAUACGGAUUAUGAUGAAAGUUCGGAUCAGUAUGCUUGGCUUAAGGCUGAUCUUGCCAACAUAGAUAGAAAGAGGACACCGUGGCUCGUCGUUCUGUUGCAUGUGCCAUGGUAUAACAGCAAUUGGGCUCAUCAGGGUGAAGGUGACAGUAUGAUGAGUGCGAUGGAGCCUCUGCUACAUGCCGCUCAUGUGGAUAUUAUAAUCGCAGGUCACGUGCACGCCUAUGAACGCACGGAGCGAGUCUACAAAGGUGGGGUUAAUCCAUGUGGUGCUGUUCAUAUAACUAUCGGUGAUGGUGGAAACCGGGAAGGCUUGGCCCGCAGGUACCAUAACCCGAAACCACUUUGGUCGGUCUUCCGCGAAGCGAGCUUUGGGCACGGCGAGCUAAAGAUUGUCAACUCCACGCACGCGCACUGGACUUGGCACAGGAACGACGACGAAGAGCCGGUGAGGACAGACGACGUCUGGAUAACCUCGCUGGCUGGUUCACAGUGCGUCCAGGACAGCAGCCGCGAGUUCAGGAAGAUACUCAUGUCCCCAUGAGACUAUCAUUCGGGUCGAUAUAUAACUUAGUCUGAAAUGGGAAUAUGGGAUUGGCAUGGAGUACUGUAUGUGUAUAUAUGUGUGUGUAAGACUACUUGCUAAACCAUAACCUGAUAGGCUUUUUGCUGUAUAUGGGUUAUUAAUCAGUGAGAACAUGUACUCUAUGUUACAGUACAAAAUUGGACUGAAACUCAGAAUGGUAUGAAAUGAUGAUACAGAAUUAAAACAA